AUGGCGAGCCUGAAAAACCUACAAAACAACCGAGACAUUAUUAUCAAAAAAACUGACAAAGGGGGAGGGCUCUGCAUCAUGAACAAAACAACAUACGAAGAGAAAGUGAAUGAACUACUAAUGGACAGAACUGUAUACAGAGAGCUCCAGACUGACCAGGCGAAUAAGAUUGUGAGAGGAAUUACUGACAUGUCAAACUACAUGCUUAAACUUCAUAAAAUUAACGAACAGACUGCAGAGUUCCUUCUUCCCCGCAAACCAUGCAGACCACCACUAUUUUACGGACUUUCAAAAAUUCAUAAACCUAACAUUCCAUUACGACCAAUAGUCAGCGCAUGCAGCGGACCUACGGACAACCUAUCAGAAUACCUGACAAGAUUCAUACAACCACUGGUCGAAUCACUACCAGCCUACAUUAAGGACAGUAUACACUUUCUCAACAUGUUACAAAAUAUACGACUUCAAUCUUCAGAAUUCAUUUUUGUGACGGCUGACGUGACAUCACACGCUUAA